GUUAUGGUAACAUUACUUCAUGGUGUCGACCACAUUUAUUAACGCUGAAUAGCGUAUCCGCAUAAAAAUCUAUAAUAAAUAAUAUUGUGGCGCUGUGAGGACUUUCUCAAUAUCUUCACAAAACCCGUUUUACUUGUUUUAACCAUACUGUUACUUGAAUAUGUUUGUAUAUGGGUUUGCUGUGUUUAAUUACUGGUUUGGUCAGUUUAAUUAAGACUUAAGCCCUUAGAGUCUCUCGUAUGGUUGUGGCUAUCUUGGCAGUGAGGCAGCUAUUUUAGAUUACAUUUUAAUUCAACACAUACAUAUUCCUGGCUUUAAAGUUUCCAAGUUUGAAGUUACCAGCACAAGAUUGUUCACGCGAGAUGUGAAUUAUGACACUGGGAGGCCAACAUGCAAAAUAUUAUCCAUGCCAGUGGAAUGAUGGCAACUGGAGCUCAUGCAAACAUUUGCCUAAGGGAUGUCAACUUCAAUUCAACCACUCAGACUGUGUGCAUUACUGUGGAGAGCCUCAAUGGAAAUGAGACCGUGAAGCAGUCAUGUUGCUGAUGCUGAAUGAGAAAAAAAAGACAAUCUCUGGAUCAUGUUGCUGAGGAGGCGUGCCCAGUUUGUGGAUAGGACACAGGACUGAGCCAAACGACAGCGUUCGAUGGAGUGACCACAAACGCAGCGAUGUAAGCGGAUGUGUCUCUAGUGUCAGCCCUAUAAGACAAUCAACACACGGAAGGGAUUUCAUACACACGUGUGGAUUCAGAACGGAAGGAGGGGCGAGCUGGUGAAGCAUUCAAUAACUUGAUCAGCGUCUGUGUGAAAACCAUCCGGUCUCAAGUUGAAGAGGAGACAACAGAGUAGACAGGAAGCUCCGACAUUUAACGUCCACUAUGCCUCGGAAUCGAGCGUUCUCAGAGCCGGAGUACUCUGCUGAGUAUUCCGCGGACUGUUCCGUGACUCUGCCCUCUGACCCUGGGCAGGCAGUUGGGCGAACACACGAGGUCACGGUGAGGAGCUCAGGUUGCUGCCUUUGCCUACCUCGUUUCAUGCGCCUCACCUUUGCGCCAGAGUCCCUGGAGAACCUCUACCAGACCUACUUCAGGCGUCAAAGACACGAAACCUUACUGGUGCUGGUUGUGUUCGCGGCUCUCUUCGACAGCUACAUCAUUGUCAUGUGUGCGGUGGUCUACACCAGUGACAAGCUGGCAUCUGUCCUGGUGGCAUCUGUGGGGCUGCUAGCAGACAUCCUCCUCUACCUGCUGUGCCGCUUCGGGCUGCUGCCAGAUCGCAUCUCCAGGCGGGUGGUGCCCUACGCCCUGUGGGUGCUCAUAGCGGCUCAAAUAUUCUGCUACCUGGGUUUGAAUUAUGCCCACUUUCACCAGGCCAGCGACACAGUAGGCUGGCAGGCUUUCUUCAGCUUCUCCUUUUUCCUGACACUGCCUUUGAGGUUGACUCCCAUCGUGCUCAUCACGACUGUCACCUGCGGGGUUCACACCCUGGUUCUGGGUGUCACCAUCGCCCAGCAGCAACAGGAGGAGAUCCAGGGAGCAGCACUUGGCAGACAGCUCCUGGCCAACAUUGUGAUCUAUGUUUGUGCCAUCACCGUGGGCGUCAUGUCAUACUACAUGGCAGACCGGAAGCACAGAAAGGCUUUUCUUGAGGCAAGACAAUCGCUCGAGGUCAAACUCAACCUGGAGGAGCAAAGCCAGCAACAGGAACGCCUGCUGUUGUCCAUCCUUCCCAAACACAUAGCUGACGAGAUGCUGCAGGACAUGAAAAAGGAGCCCAGUCAGAAAGAGAUGCAGCAGUUUAACACCAUGUACAUGUACAGACAUGAAAAUGUCAGUAUUUUGUUUGCAGACAUUGUGGGCUUUACCCAGCUGUCAUCAUCAUGCAGCGCUCAGGAGCUGGUCAAACUGCUCAAUGAACUCUUUGCUCGGUUUGACAAACUUGCUGCAAAAUAUCACCAGCUGAGAAUCAAGAUCCUCGGAGACUGUUACUACUGUAUUUGCGGGCUGCCAGACUACAGGGAGGACCAUGCCGCCUGUUCCAUCAUGAUGGGCCUCGCCAUGGUUGAGGCCAUCUCGUAUGUACGUGAGAAAACCCAAACAGAUGUUGACAUGCGAGUGGGAGUGCACAGCGGCACAGUCUUGGGGGGAGUGCUGGGUCAAAAACGAUGGCAAUAUGACGUGUGGUCCACUGAUGUCACUGUAGCCAACAAGAUGGAGGCUGGAGGGAUACCAGGUCGUGUCCACAUCUCACAAACCACCAUGGAGUGUCUUCAUGGGGAGUUUGAAGUUGAGCCAGGGAAUGGAGGUGAGCGCUGUGACUACCUGAGGGAGAGAGGACUCGAGACCUACCUAGUAGUUGUUUCCAAAGGACCCGUGGGAAAAAACGGCAUCAACAGUGUAAAAUUAUCUGUAACUUCAUCCAAUGGAAACUCCCCUCUGCUGAUCAACACCACAGAGUGUAAUGGUAGCGUGAACACAGCCUGCACCACACCAGAAGAACCUGAAGAACUGGACACCAGGGUUGUCAACCCGUCUUUCCCAAAUCCUCGCCGAAGGCUACGGCUGCGGGAUCUGGCUGAAAGGGUGAUUGAUGCCCAAGAGAACGAACAGGAGCUCAACAAACUGCUAAAUGAAGCUCUGUUGGAGCGAGAAACUGUCCAAGCUUUGAAGGGGAAGCACACAAACCGUCUCUCCCUGAGGUUUGUUGACCCCGACUUGGAGACUCGCUACUCGGUAGAGAAGGAGAAGCAGAGUGGAGCUGCCUUCUGCUGCUCCUGCAUGGUUCUGCUCUUCACUGCUGCCAUGGAGGCCCUCAUUGAUCCUAGGUUGAUUGCAAAUUACAUCACUUUUGCGGUGGGGGAAGUCCUACUCCUCAUCCUGACAAUCUGUUCAAUGGCCGCCAUCUUUCCCAGGGUUUUUCCCAAGAAGCUUGUUGGUUUCUCAACUUGGAUUGACCACACUCGGUGGGCUCGUAACACCUGGGCCAUGGCAGCCAUCUUCAUACUUACCAUGGCUGACAUUGUUGACAUGCUGAGUUGUCUACCUCAAGGUCCUUUGUCAGUCAGCACCUCGGUGUCAUCCCCGCCCUCCUUAUCCUCCAUCUGGUCGAGCCCUGAAGGUUGUCUGAACAACCCCAAAUAUUACAGCUACAUUGCUGUACUAGCACUGAUGGCCACCACCAUGCUGGUUCAAGUUAGUCACAUGGUCAAACUCACGCUGAUGCUGCUUAUCACAGUGGCUACUGGUGUCGUUAAUAUAUACAGCUGGAGGGACAUCUUUGACCGCUAUGACAUGGCCCGCUUUCAUGAUUACAGGUCAUACUUAGUGCCAUCCAAAUUGACCAUGACAAUUAUGAUCUUCACUAUGAUGGUCAGCUUUUAUUAUUUCUCCCGACAUGUGGAGAAGCUUGCUCGCACCCUAUUCCUGUGGAAGCUUGAGGUUCAUGAGCAAAAAGAGAAGGUAUAUGAGAUGAGACGAUGGAAUGAAGCGUUGGUGACCAACAUGCUUCCUGAACAUGUUGCUCGACACUUCCUGGGCUCCAAGAAAAGAGAUGAGGAGUUGUACAGUCAGUCGUAUGAUGAGAUCGGAGUCAUGUUUGCGUCCAUCCCAAACUUCUCCGACUUCUACACAGAGGAGAGCAUCAAUAAUGGAGGCAUUGAAUGCUUACGCUUCCUCAACGAGAUCAUCUCAGACUUUGACAGUUUGCUGGAUGAGCCUCAGUUUCGCUACAUCACAAAAAUCAAGACCAUCGGAAGCACCUACAUGGCCGCAUCAGGGGUUACUUCUGAUGUCAACAAUGGGUACGCCUGUACCAAGAAGGAGGAGCAGUCCGACAAAGAGCGCUGGCAGCACCUGGCAGACCUGGCGGACUUUGCGCUAGCCAUGAAGGUCACACUCAUGAACAUAAACUACCAAUCCUUCAACAACUUCAUGCUACGAAUCGGUCUGAAUAAAGGAGCAGUUUUAGCAGGUGUGAUUGGUGCCCGCAAACCUCACUACGACAUCUGGGGAAACACAGUGAAUGUUGCUAGUCGUAUGGAGUCCACGGGGGUGAUGGGAAACAUUCAGGUGGUGGAGGAUUGCUACAACAUUCUCAAAGAGUAUGGCUUCCGCUUUGUGAGGAGGGGGCCUAUCUUUGUGAAGGGAAAGGGGGAGCUGCUCACUUAUUUUCUCAAGGGAAGGGACAAACAAGGUUCCUUUCUGAAUGGCUCCUCUGUCACUCUUCCACAUCAAGUUGUGGACAGCUAAGCUCAAACAUAAAAGAAUCACAGCACAUGUAUGCUAAAGUUGUGCAAAGAACUUUUGAAUGCAAAGUCAUUUGCCUUGAAACCAUGAAAUGCCCUCAUAAUCUUUAGACACUGCCUCCACAUCUCUGCGUAGCCACAUCUUUUUGCAGGCUCUGCUGAAGACAAGGUUGACAGCUCCAAUUAAUUACCGCGGACAUGCUUAAACAGCCGUCUGUGUCAACAAGCCGCUCUUUACUGACGAUGUCUUCACCUCUAUGGGAAGCAAUUCCCUUUUUUAAUGCCACUAGAGAAUGUACUUGUAAUUCAGUGCCAUCGUUGAAUCGUUUGUGAGGGGGAUACCGCCCGGUUGGAGUUCUGGCUUUACUUCUUUGUGAAAGUGUAACAUAAUACAUCAUUAUGUGCCAGUAGUAUAAACAUGUGACACUUCAUUCAAAGGAUUACAUAAUUAAGGUCAUGGUGAUGGAAUUUGCAGACAGAAAAGAAUGGGAGAAAAGUCUGUUUUUGAAAAACAAACCGCAGACUGGAAUCACACUGUGACUUCAACAUCCAACUAUCUAUAUUUGCAAUCCCCAAAAAUUUGACCGGAAGCGAGCUGUCAUGUGGAGCGGGGGCGUUCAUAGGUGUGUGUGUGCGUGUGUGUGUGUAUGUAUCUGCAUUGCUGGAUUUCCUCAGUCAAUGUAUUGGUUCCCCGUGCUCUUGGCCGGGCAAUAGGUUAGUUGAGUCCGUACUGUCCUGUCCUGUCCUCUCCUGUCUGUUCAUGAGAUCUCGAAAGCACACUUAAACUGCUGGCCUGGGCCAUCAACAUGAAUAAUAGGUAAAACUGUGCAUGUUUUUGGACAGAGACAAGAUUGGAGCCACAGAGCAGAUACUGUUUGUUUUACUCGUUGUUGGUAGAUAGAAGUGCCUAUCACAGAUGUGAUCACCAAAUUUUAGAUGAAGGAUUCCACUAUCUCAAGUCCACUAUUCCUUUCUAUUGACUGUGCUUUUAAAGAAGAACGGCAGUUUAUUGUGACAGCGUUGUUUUUUUUUUGUAUUUAUUGUUCUAGCCAUUUGAUGAUAAUAUUAUUAUACACAGUGAGCUUCUGAAACUACUGUCGGCCCAGCAAUAUCAGAUGUAGACUAGACUGUCUAACCAAACUUUUAGCCAAAAAUCAAACUAUAUUAUUAUUAUUAAUUAUUAUUACAAUGACUUAAGUUUUUUUUUCUUUCGUUCUUUCUUUGCAAGUUCAACUUAUUGCUGAUAUGUGAGGCCUUUGGCUAUUUGUUUGACCUCUUUUUGUUCAUAUCAGGGGUCCUCGAUUUGAAAAGGUCCAGUUCAGGAAAUUGCAUUCAAUGAUUUUUCACACUGAACUAGAAGGACAAGAACUUUUCUCAAAUGCAUAUUCAAUAUUGCUUAGGACAGGAUACCCGAAAAUGCUUAAAACAGGCUAGAAAAUGAACCAAAUACAGUAAAUAUGAAAGAAACAUAGACAAAGUUUUGCAUGUGAGUAUAAUCGGAGUUGCUGCAUUUGUUCUUCUUGAAAUACUUUUUCAACAAUAAUACAUAAACAAUAUGAAAUAAUCUUAACAAAACUUGUUUUGAAGUGUCCUAUUAUCUGUUUACCCAGUUAUCCUCACCCCUUUCCUACCUCACUGAAAAAACACUUGCAGCACUCGCAAAGCCACUCUGAUUAAGCCAUUUGAUUGGCAGAGUUGUUACAUUGGAGGAGAUAUCGUGCACACAACAUUUCCGCUGUGUAUACAGUAUACUCGAUGAUCAUAAAAAAUACCAGAAAGCUGCGCAGGAUUAAAUAAGACAACCUAAAUCCCCCCCAAAGUCGACCUGGUUAAAUUAAUCAAAGUAUUCAUCAAAAUUUGGCUCCACAUAGAAAGGCCUGAAGUCUGCCAAUUAAUCACCUCUGGUUUUAGAUCAUCAAACUUUUUUUUUCUGUAUGGGACCAACAUCCCUGUCAUUUUGGGGAUGUAAGAAAUAAGAGCCACGCAGUCGUAAAAUGUCUUUCCUUUAACAACAGGGCAAGGAAAUGGACAAGAAUUUCGUUCAGAGGGACAAAAUAAGUCAAGUGAAUGUGUUUUCCCCCGUUUUUUUUAUAUGGGGCGGGGGUGACUGCUGAUGUUGUGCUUGCACCCAAGUAAAUAACAGGUGGAAAUGGGAUCUCAUCUAUUCUAAAUAGUUGGCUAGCCUCUGUUUCGUUUUGGUUUUGACCAGUGAUGAAAAUAACUACACUACUUGAAAGCUUCAACAACUGGCAAACAAACCAGUGAUGGAAGGUCACGGAAUUAUACUAAUAAGGGUACAAUUUUGAGGUACCUGCACUUUACUUGAGUCUUUAAAUUUGUUUGUGCCAUUCAUCUGCUUUAGAUUCCCGACAUAAAUUUGACAGCUUUAGUUACUUCUCAGGUCAAAAUUGUAUACAAAAAACAUGAAUUGUACACACGAUGCCAUUUUUGUUGAAAUGUUCCUCUCCGUGUCCUCUUUAAAAGAAUGUGUGUAGUUUCUGUCAUGUUUAAUUUAUUGAGAUGUUCUGUCAUAAUGACAUUUCCAAGUUUUAUUUUGUGAUUAGGAAUUUCACACUAAAAUGGGACCACCCAAGGUUUGACAACCACUCAAGUAAACAAGUGGGUUUCAUGCAAAGUACAGUACUACAAAUAUAUAUUUUUUGCAUGAAAUAGUCUUUUUGGGACGAUUUAAUGCAAAAUCAGUACCGUUACGUAGGAUAUUCAACCCACCAGUCCAGUUGUAUUGCUUCUUUAAAGGAAGCAAAUGUUCUACGUCCUGUUACUUCGACCAAUUUUAACAUCAUGGAAUUGUUGCAGAACCAUUUCAUGUCAGUUUGUCCAUUUCUGGUCAAAUUUGUUGGAAAAUGUGAUCAUUUCGGCACCUUUAAAUAGAACAGUCGAGUCAGCAGCGCAUGCAUUGUUUUCAGGUGUUGGCAGAGAUGACAGCAUCCUUCUGCAUAAAGUUGCCAUUUUAGAUGUACAAGGUGGCAGCCGGGACACACAGGAGAAUUAGUAAACAUUACGUAGGUUUUGAUUCAGUGUGUUUAGGAAACCUCUGCUGUAGGACGGGAUCAAAGUGCAAUAGUUUCCUCUGAAAACCUUGACGUGCUCUUUUAAGAAAAGGAUAAGUCAUACCUUCCCCUUUAAGUCAUAUUUUUAUAAUAUAAUGUAAAAUUGUGCUCCAUUUAAAAAAAAAAAAGAUGCUGUUGUACAUAAGAGUCAAAACAGUAUUUAUGGGUGAGAUGAAUGAAUUGCAAACACCUGGGACAUUUUUUUUACUCAUGUGAAAGUGCCAAUUCUCAUGAAAUGAUUAGUUGUUAAAGCCAAAACAUGGAUUUGAGAGUGUUUCCUUGUUUGUAUUUUCAAAGCAUCGAAGGAACAAGAUAGCACUUUAAAUAAUGUGUUAAUUCCAUAUAUUACGUUGCUAAAGCACUUCUACAAAUCCAGCGAAUAGCACCAAAAGACUGCAUAGAUUUCUCCAAGGGGUUCUAGUCCCCCUCAAUGCCCCAAUUUUCUUUCAUUGACUCUCGCCUUGACGACAAUGAGCCCACCGCUGUUUCCCACUUGAUUUAUAUUGUAGAGGUCUACUGUAUCACUUAUGAACAUUUGAUGCCGAGAAUGCUUUUUCAUUUUAAAUACUUAUAAGUCGAUGUUGCCGUGUUCAUUUCAGUUGUCAUAAUAAAGUGAGUUGAUUUUUUUCUUUUUU